AUGGCAACAGUAAGUUGAUGGCGGAAAGAGCAGAUUUGGUGGCAAGCCACGGCGCGUAAAAACAAAAGUUUUCUGAAGUUUAUGCUUAUAUAUGGUUACAAGUCAUUGGCCUGUUUUCAACUUUCCUCAAACAUGACUUUGAAUCCUCUUGCAAACCCCAAAGGCGUGAAACUUCUCUGUGAACUGUGUCAAAAGCCGGCAUUUGUGCAGUGUACGAAAUGUCGAGUGACGUUCUACUGUGGUGUUGAGCAUCAGCAAGCAGACUGGGUUGGUAUUCACGAGAAGAUAUGCCAGUUGCUGAUCCCGUUACGCACCCCACAGUUGUCAUUUCUCUCGUCAGAAGAACAGCGCCGAAAAAAAGAACAAGAUCUGCUCCUGAGACAGAGAAACAUGAUUGAUCUGACACGGACCACUGGCCAGAAGUUGUUAUUUGAAGGCAAGCAUGAGCAAGCUGUACCUGCUGCUAUGCAGUCACUUCGUUUCAGCAUUGACGUGCAUGGACUGGAUAGUAUUGAACUUGUACCGUCAUAUCUCAUCCUGGCUGAAGCCAGCAUAGGUUUACAUAAGUUAUCACAGGCGGAGGAAUACUUGGCUCAGGCUCAGUGGACAGUGCUCAAAACACCCAAUUGCAGCUCAGCUAUCAAAUCUAAACUGGCUCGUAACCUGGGCUUGCUGUAUGCCGCACAAGGGAACUAUGAUGAGUCACUGAGACACCUGGCCGAUGAUAUCUUUCAUGCUUCUGAAGAGUUUGGCACGGAUGAUAUCCGGACAUCUGGUGGCUAUUUCCACAUGGCCAAUGUUUUCUUCCGUCAGAAUCGCAUGGAUGUCGCCGACUCAUUAUACACUCGAGUCACGUCCAUCUGGCACAGUCAUUUGCUGAGGAUCGUCACAGAUAGGACCAAGAAAAGUGACACUCAGAGUGGCAUGUCAUCUGCUGUGGUGGAACUAGAGGAACGAAAAGUCGAGUCCUUAGAUGAAGCACAAGAAGCAGAAGCCAAACAGGUUUUGCAUUCCAUCCAUGACAUCAGAGAGCAAGUAACCAAUCAGGAUCCUGCUGCCAUGGCAACCAUUGGCCAUGCCCUUGCUAUGCUUUACUUCCUACUGGAUGACAUCCCAAAGGCAACUGAGCUGGGUCUGAAGGCACAAACAUCAUGUAAUGCAACCCACAGUGAAGAUGGAGAACUUGCUGCAGCUAUCAACGAGUUCAACAGCACCCUCAAUCACCUGCCGCUGAAACCAAACCUGCUUCAGACAGAUUAUAGUUAGUGCAUCGGAGCAAUAGAUUACAGUUGCAAAUGCAUUGCAAGUGCCUUUGUGAUGCUUGUUUUGAAACUUAAAGUUUUAUUGAUGGCCUUCCUAGACUGGCAUCAGAAGCCACCAGAAAUUAUACCUCUGGUGUAAAUGGUGGGACUUCUCUUUGGACUGAGAAUAACUAAGAAGCUGUCCGGCCUGGCUUGCAUUAUACCAUCAUUGAAGUUACCACAGCAGGCCAUAUCUGUUUUCAAGAGUUGGACAAAAACAUUGUGAUUACUCGGCGGCUUUGGGUCUGGAGAGAAAUAAAUGUACCUGCGAGAAAAAACUCUUAACGGUGUAAAUACUAGCAACAUUAUGACACUUGAAGUUAUCAAUAUUUAUUUUUGAUUCCCCCGUUGCAUAGCUUUUGGGGACAAGAGUUCCUAGGUGACAGCAAAUGACAUUAGAUGUUAUCAGAAAACUAAAAAUACAUUUUUAUUUUUGUUUCUGGUCAUCUUCUGGACUGUAAGAAAAAUGCAUGAAGGUUGUUAGGACUGGUCACUCGGAAAUAUUCACGUACAUUCAUUUAUACAUUAUUUUGUUCCUAAAGGUUGUUGAUAUUGUUUGGAUUUUAAGUAAGGUAUUAUUCACUGAAUAAAUGUGCCACAGAAUUUUA